AUGUCGUCUACUCCUGCCAAAGCGAGUCACAAGAGGAACCUCAGCAACGGAGCUUCUGAUAGCUUCCCGUUAAGAAGGUCUAAACGCCAAAGGCCCGCCACGAACAUUGAGGAGCCUUCGUCUGAUGACGGCUCCGGAGUAGACGAAGCGGAAGCAGUGUCUCAAAGUAAAAGGUCGUUGCUAUCUCGAACCAGAGCGUCAAAGACCAGCAAAGGGAAAGCUCAAGACGCAGCGCCGCUGGUAAAGGACGAGCGCAUAGAGGAUCAAGCUGCUCCGUUGGGAAAAGCUGCACCCAAGAAAAAAGCUGCCCAGAAAUUUCAAGCCGACGCGAUUGAAGUGAAAGGCGAGACUGGGAUAGAGACAAUUGUAGUGAAAAAGCCUGUCAAAAAGACCCGGAAGACCAAGGAAGAAAAAGAGCUCGACGCAAUGCCGUUAGCAUCGCGAACACAGGGAUUGAAGAUGUUCGUUGGGGCUCAUGUCAGCGCUGCGAAAGCACGCAUAUUGGGUAUCACGCCAUUUCCCCGUCGAUCUGAUGUAAUUGAAGCUCACAAUCUCAUGAACAGAGGGAAUGCGUUUGCGUUGUUUCUCAAAUCUCAAAGAAAGUGGGACAAUCCGCCCCUUCAAGACGACGUCCGAGAUCAGUUCCGUAAGAUGUGCGAGGAGCAGAAAUAUGAUCAAGCAAAACAUGUCUUGCCGCACGGAUCCUACCUUGUCAACCUUGCUCAGAACGACAAAACAAAGGCCAAUCAGGCUUAUGACUCCUUCCUGGAUGACCUUCGCCGAUGUGAGGCACUUGGCAUCAGGCUCUAUAAUUUCCACCCGGGGAGUACGAACCAAACUCCGCUGCCAGAAGCCCUCGCCCGUCUCGCAGAUGCCCUUACUAGAGCAAUCUCCGAAACGAGCACAGUCAUCCCAGUCUUGGAGACCAUGUGCGGCCACGGCAACACUAUUGGCGGGUCACUCUCGGAGUUUCGGGACCUACUCGCCCUGAUUCCCGAGGAACAUCACUCACGUAUUGGCAUUUGCAUUGACACGUGUCACAGCUUUGCUGCCGGGUAUGAUCUGGUCACCCCAGAAGGAUUCAAAGCGUUUCUGGCCGAAUUCGAAGAGCUCAUAGGCAUCAAAUUCCUCCGCGCUCUGCAUCUUAACGACUCGAAAGCACCCCGUGGAAGUCAUCGUGACCUCCACGCUAAUAUCGGCACCGGCUUUCUUGGCCUCCGUGCUUUCCACAACGUGAUGAACGAACCACGAUUUGAAGGGCUUCCAAUGGUCUUGGAAACGCCCAUCGAUCGUGUCCCAGGUCAGACCGGUGGUGACGGUGAAGGUGACAAAUGUGAUAGUUGCACGAGCGAGACAGAGAAGAAAGUGAAGAAGAAGAUUGGAAAGCAAGGCGCCAAACGGCCUGCGGGUGCGUCUCCAGCAGCUGUUCCGGACCAUGCUGUCUGGGCGCGGGAGAUCAAGUUACUCGAGUCACUGAUUGGGAUGGAUCCGGAGGGAGAGGAGUUUCGAACCUUGGAGGCGCGCCUUUCGGAGGAAGGACGUCCAAUGCGGGAGAAACAAAUGGAGCAAUAUGAACGGAAGCUGGAGACUGAGCGAAGAAAGGACGCAAAAGCGAAAGAGAAGGGUCAGAAAAGUCUUGUGGAAAUGAUGAAAAAGACCAGCAAAGAGUGA